AAUAUGUGCAGACUUCAACACAGACACGUCAUUUGGAAUUCUAGCCUGGAUAAGGAGAUGUCAUUAGAUUAGGGCAAAUGGGGGCAGCGGCCAGCGCUCCUAGAAGAGGCAGAUAAAUUUAAUUAUAUCAUAACAACUACGCUGCAUUAUGGGUUGUAACGCUGGAAAAGUUCAGGCAAAGCCUUCAAAUGGUCUUAUAUUAAAAGAGGGAGAACUAUUGUACUGUGAAACUCAAGGUGACGACUGGAAGAGUUAUCUAUUUGAACUGUACGAGAAUAGUACAUUUGUUUGGUCUAACAAUGAACGUCCUACGAAACAGGAUGGUUCAGUGAAAUUAAAGUCAGUAGUUGACCAGAUAUGCGUGGGAAAGGACUGUGAGGGGGUACCUGACUGCCCUAAGCCUCCGGUGGGGAGGACCGUUAACUACAUGAUCUCCUUCCCUCAUAACUACCCCCCGGGGACUAGACCCACUGACAUGAAGAAUAACUGGAUUGUAUUCAGGGAUGAUAGAGAAAUGAGGGAGUGGAUUGCAGCAUUGGAAGAUGUGUUGAAUGUUAAACCAUUAGGUGUCCAGUCAAAAUCAAAACCAAAACCAAAAAAGAAGAAGGCCCCACCCCAAGGAGUUAUGCAUGCAUCACAGUUAGCACCACUCGAAAUUGAACCAGACCCGCAAGAAGGCCUCCCCAAGGAUCCAGAAAAAAAGGACGACACUAAAGAAGAAGAAAUCCAACACACUGAUUUCGAUUUACUUCUGGCAGAAGGGCAAGCUAUGUCUAGGUAUUCGGAAGACAAUAUGCCACACUUUGGCCAGGCUUAAAGUAGAACAUAGAUAGGAGAAGAAACUAGCUAUAUAUGUAAGGUUCUGAAGUCAGUUUUGCAAAUUGCUGAAUGGAUUGAGUUUUUAGUGGCAAAUAAGGUGCAUGUGCUCUAUAAACUGCAAAAAGGUUCAAAACAUUGCAACUCUGAUGGUAUGACAAAAUCUUGUACUUAUUUGGGGGGGGGGGGGGGUUACGGAGGGGAUAUACAUGGAGUUAUGUAUGGCUAAUCAUCUUGUUCUGUGGGAUGGUAUAGUACCUGUACUCUAUAAUGCUAAACCAUUAGGGGAAAAGUGGAUGUCAAUUCUAGUAUGGUUUGUAUUUCUCAUCCUUUGAUUAGAGUAAGUGUUGAAGGGGUGAGGUUGGAGAUAUAAUUACAUAGGAUAAAGUAAAGAUAUUGGAAGUGGAAAUGUCUAGAAGGGAAUGAUAUACUAGUCAUCAGUUGAGAGUAGAUGGGUAUGGGGGUGGGGUUAAUUGGAUAUCAAUCUUACAGGAUUUGUUAAUCCCCUAUUUAAACAACAAACAAGACUAUAGCAUAUUUGAAUCAAUUUUGUUUAGAUAUUGAAAUUCAUUACAACAAGCUAAAAAAAUAUAGCAAUGUUUAUUUAAAUGUAAAAAAUUAAAAAUAUAUGUAAAAUGUUUUCAUUUGUAUGAUGUCAAAAUCAUUUCCUGUGACUUUUGGUGUAUCUCAAUACAUACAUGUACAUGUAAUGUACAAUGAAUGUGAUCAUCAAAGGUAAUAGAACACAAAUUUUGAUUUUUACAGAGAAUUGAUAUUAAAUAAUUAUAAGUUAAUAACUAGGGGGUAUUUUUUUUUUGGUAGUGUUAGAAAAUUUUUAUGCAUCUAAAAUUACAAAGAUUGUGAAGUUUAAAAUGCUCAUAACAGAAAUUUAAUAAAAGGGAUCCAUUAAAACAGAUUUCACUGUAUGUACCUGUGUGUCCUUGUAUUUAAAAAAGGUAUUUUAUUUUCUACCAUUAUAUUUAUAUUGGUUUAUUGUUGCAUAAUGUAGUACAGUAAAACUUGCUUACCAGGAUAUCACUGACACCUCAAUUUUCACUUCUAUCAGAUAUUGUUAGAAAUCUCAUUCUGGAUUCCUUAAAAAAACGAUUUUAGAGACUUUUCAUUAUAAGAGAGUUCUUUAUAACAAAGUUGUACUGUACAAAUGUAUAUUUUGUUAUUGCUGAUAUACAUAUUUAUAGAUUAUCUAUUUUUUAAAUCUUCUUUUAUAUAUAUUUACACAAGUGUAACUGGUAAUUAUAUCAGACUUUAUCAAAUAGAAUCCGUCCUUUCUACAUGUUUUAAUGUCUUGAAGAAAUUUUUUGCUUCACUUUAUGUAAUUCACUGUUUUAUGAGAUUU